UUCAUCCAAAUCAGCAAGAAAAUUCAAUACAUCGAAAAAAAGAAAAACAAAGGGUCGCCAUAAACGUCGGUAUUAGAUUAGAUAUGUCGAUUACGGAAAUAAAGCUGUUAAUAAGAUAACCAUAUUCCCUACACAUUCUCCUGAACUUAAUCUUACUUUCGGAGUGGACAGAGAAACAAGCUUCAAGGACCUUUACCAACCUGCCUAACUAUGGCAAGAGGGAAGCUGAAGAGCCUGCUGUGUCUCGCCUCCCUACUUGUCCUGCUCUUCUACUCGACGAUGCACUCCCGGUCGAAUACAAACCCGGUCAGCUCUUCAGUGACACGGAGGCACUUGGAUGGGAGUUCUUCGGGUAUCAACAAUAAUAAAACUGUUUCCGCUCAGAUGCCAGAGCCAUUCAUGGAGGCCGAGCAGAUGCGUCGACAGGUGGGAAGGGACGUGCGUCACACCUGGCAGUUCUUGAAAUUCCAUCUCAGGAAUCUCAGCUCUAGCAAUAACAAUCUUACCACCGUUCUUGAAGAUCUGGAACAUUACUUUAGAGUGACCUCUCACGACCUAACGCGUCUUAACGAGGUCGACGGGUUUCGCGAAUGGAGAGAAAAAGAGGCCGCUGCCCUCAGCGCCCUCGUGCAGCACCGGUUGCACAUCCUGCAGAAUCCCCCCGACUGCGCCUCUGCUAAGAAGAUCUACUGUGACUUUAAAGCUGCCGGGCGAGGGAUAGGGAGCCAACUACACCACCUGAGCUACUGCUUCCUGGCGUCAUAUGGCACUCAGCGGACCUUGAUUCUAGAUACGAAGAAUUACAAUGGCAAUCCCGAAGGACUCGAGACGUUCUUCCUUCCUCUCAGCGACACUUGCACAAGUUACAACAAGUCUCAGAUGGUUGCUUGGCCAGGGAAGAAAGAUUCUCCCGUGGUGCAGUUCCCUGCUUGGGACAGACCGAAUCCGAGGCCGAACUAUUUUCCAAAGUCAAUCCCGAAGGACAUUUCCGAGCGUCUGGUGCGCCUCCACGGAGAUCCUUUUGCCUGGUGGAUGGGCCAGUUCUUCAAGUACGCCAUGAGGACGAACAAGGAUUUCCAGGAUUACAUUGAUAACCAAGCGCGAGAAAUGGGUUACGAGUCUCCUGUCGUAGGCUUGCAGAUUCGACGGUCUGACAAGCUGAUAAGAGAGGCAGUUUACAUUGACCUCAGUGUGUACAUGCAAGAAGUGGAUGAAUUCUACAAACAGCUGGAGUUGCGACAGCCUGUUGCUCAACGGAGGAUCUUCUUGGCCACUGACGAUCCAGAAGUAAUUUCAGAAAUAAAGAAAAGGUACCCGGAGUAUAAGGUCCUGUACAACCCGGACAGUGUGGACUCGACCCGCAUGAAGGAAAGGAAGAAGGCGUCGAGUGUGCGGUAUCUCCUCGCUGAUGUUUACUUCCUCUCGCGGUCCGACUUCCUCGUCUGCGGGAUGACCUCCAACAUCUGCAGGCUGAGUUACGAGCUGAUGCAGAGCCUCCAUGCGGACGCCUCGACCCGCGUGUCGUCGGUCGACAGAGAUUACUACUUCCACUACGAGGUCGGGAAUGUGGUCAAGGCUCGCUUCCCGCAUAAGCCUAGAAGACCAGAAGAAAUUGAACUGCAGAGAGGAGAUUUGGUGGACCGGUACGACAUACCCUCUCAUUUUGCUGGACACCCGAGCAAAAACGACGGGUUUCAAUGGGGCACCAACACGCGUACGAAAAAGCAUGGUUUCUAUCCUGCUUACAAGACCAUCGAGAUGCUGGACGUAGCAAAUGUAAAGUCCUUUGAGCACAUUGACAUAUAAUACAUAUAAUUAGAUAACAUAUAAUACGCUCUAAGCGCGUGUCAGCUUGGAUUUUUAAAAAGCGAGGUGGGUUUCCUAAACAGCAGAAAAAUUAUUGCUCUGAAGGCAAAAAAUUAUCUUUCAUGGUGGAGGGUGGUCUUUCAAAUAAGAUUAGUGCUAAGGGAAUAGGCGGGAGGGAACUGCAAAGUAACACCCACGAUUUUCAAAGAAGCGCUGGACCCUGCUGCUCAUUUCCACCAUAGCUUUCAGUAUGCGGGAAUACAGAGCGGGAGUGGUCAAAUGCAAACCAUUUCUCACGGGAAAAAGGGAAUACGUCCUUUUAAUGACAAGUGUAACUAUGUGAAUGCGUACACGUUCUUUGCCUGUGGUACCGUUAGGAGAGAGAGGAGGAACAGGAGGAAGAGUAGCUAUAGGAGGUGGAAGUAGAACAGCUACUGGAGGAGGUGGAGGACCUGUGAAUCUAUGAGGAAGUAGAGAACAAAGAGUUCCUGCGUUCACUGGGGCGAAUCGCUUGGUCGAUCUGACAAAACGUUUCGCGAGGCGUUGUGUGGCGUACAGGGGAAGGCUGGAGGUAGUACGCUUCGCCUCGGGACCCGCUUGUCAACAACCAAAAUGGCUGGCAACUUAGAGCCUCAAAAGUAUCUGCCCAAGCUGCAUCACAAGUUUCAUUUUACCUUUCUUUGUUAGUCACUAAUAUAUGUUAUAGAAAUAAUCUACAUCAGUUCUGAACCUUCAUCACGUUCUUACUCGGGAAAGAAAUUCAUCUCUCUCCCGACGAGUAUCAGCUGUGUCUACCGUGGGACUGUUUGUUUACAAUAAUCAGCUGAUAUGUGCUCGCACGCCAAAACCGUUCACCCUGAGUGAUUUGGGACGGCGAAGCGCAGCGACUGUGCAGAUAUGCUCAAGUGAACACAGGGAAUGAGUGAAAUAUUCCCCGAAAGUUAAAGUAAUGUAACAUCCUCGACCUCCGGAAAUGUUAAUAGAAGGAAAUGUAUGAACCAGAGCCAAAAAAUGACACUAACU